AUAAACAUUUGGCUAACGGCUAAAUGCUACACCAGAGAGCUUGCAAAGGGGCGAACGCGCUGCGCCAAGAGUACAUUCACAUCCGGCCAAAUUUGUUAGUUCGUUGUAAUUUAAAGAACGGAGGUUCGCGGGUCACAGAGAGUCGAACCGACGAAGAUGUUGAGGCGUCUGGCGCCGGGAAAAGGAGCUCGUUAACACCGUGGUGAGUGCCUGUCAAGGCACCUUGGUCCACCCUUGUUGGACCAUAGGGCAUUUUGCUGAACUAGCAUGAAGAUGGCUGAUUCAGAGAAAGCAGAGGAAUUUGUUGAUGCAGAGUGUCCGUCCGAGCGACUCGAUGAAGCACAGUCAGCUACCACGUCUUUCCAGGAUGAACAUCUAAAAACGGAGACCACCACAAGCACCAGUUCCCCACCAAGGGAAAAGGAGGAUGACAGCCCGUUGCACACAGAGGGCGACCAGUCUCUCCUCUCCAUGCCGUGUUUGAUGAAGGAGCUCCGCAGAGAUUCCCCCGAGUCGCAGCAGGCUUCCACAGGGAGCGAGAAACCAGCCUCCCGUCACAUCUACGAGAGCGACUCAUCCAACCCCUGUGUGCUUUCCCCCUCAUCUAGCGGCCACCUGGCCGACUCGGACACCUUGUCCUCUGGGGCGGAAGGCGCCGCCGACGGAGAGGAGGCGGAAACUAAAAUGGAAGGCGACACCAGCAAGGAAGCCGAACGGCAACCCAGCGGGAGGAAAUCCCGGCGGACGCGUUCGGAAAGCGAAGCCCCGCCCAACACCAUGGCGGCGAAAAAGAACCGUUGCCAGCUUGCAGUGGCGGGAGCCGCUGGGCUAGAAAAGCAAAUCAACGGCAAGCAGGCCAAGGUAAAAGGCCACCGCAGCCAGAAACACAAGGAGCGCAUGCGCCUGCUGCGGCAGAAGCGUGAGGCGGCCGCACGAAAGAAAUACAACCUGCUGCAGGACAGCAGUACCAGUGAUAGCGAACUCACAUGUGACUCGACCACCAGCUCAUCUGACGACGACGACGAUGACGACACUUCUGGAGGCAGCAAGACAAUCAAGACAGAUAUUCCAGCUGGAUUCAGAGGUGCGUCGGAGAGAUCCAGAGUGGGCGCCCACAUUCACGGGCUGCUGGACACCAGCGCGUGGGACAGGAACGGCAUCAGCAGCGUGCUGGAGGAGGCCAUGACACGCUUCGCCGUCAUGCAGCGCCAGACUGAAGAGCGCUUCCGUGUCUGGAUGGAAAAGCUUGCGCACCUCGACUCUGACGACUCAUCCAAGCGCUCAAGCGAUGUCCCCGAAGGUGGGCAGCUGCCACCACUGCACCAGGGAGCUCGACCUUCACCUGCUAGUUCCUUCUUACCGUCUUCGGAGUCUGCGGAGACAAUGGCCGCCUACAUGUUGGCGCGAGCGAACACCGCUACCGCCUCGCCUGUCAACAAUAACAACAUCAUACCUGAAGUAGUUACUCAUAAUGGAAACCUCGGUGGUGCUGAUCCAGGUCUCUUGAAUGUUUAAUGCCAUUUUGAACUGUGAUGUUACCCAUUAGGUAGGGCAAAGAAUCAUGCCAGGACAAUACGCCAACGGGAUUAACUGCUGGCUUGAAUCACUGUGAGAACUUGAGAACAUUUGCAAACCUGCACGGACCUUUUGCAUCCUCUUCCUUCUGCGGAAUCAAACGUUGGUGGUGACAUGGCCUGCCACACAACUCUUUAAAAAGAAAAAAACAAAACACUAUUAUUAAGCCCCAGACGUUUAGACUACUAAUGAUGUUUCAAUUAUUGCUUAUCCCAAAUAUACUGUGGCUCCUUAGACUUCAAACAGACCACCCCAAAAAGGUUCCACCUCUUGGGGGCAUGGCUUUAUAUUUUUUCAUGUCAUUCAUAAAAUAUGGCCGCUACAUACUGUGAGACUUCUGAAUCCAGGGGUUUGAGUUACACGAGUUGAAUUUGUUCCAUGACCAUGCUCGUAACUCAAUUAAUCAUGAAUCGGCUUUCCUCAUUUACAGUAUAAUUAUGGAAAUGCAAGCGUGCCACCUGGGUUUUGUGAUGGUUUUCUUUCACAAGAAAAAUGACUGACAUUAUACUUAAUAAAACCAUACAAUAUUAAUAAGGAAUGUCAAAUAUUUUAAAUAUAGCAAUAGUCAUUGCGAUUGUUUGACUCCUUAUGGUGUGUGUGCCUUUGCCACCUAAGGCAGAAUAAUUUGGAUAUACAUGGUGACAAACUCAAGAUGCAAUAUUUGUCGUUAUUUGCAGAUAAACACAACUUUGUUGUGUUGCUUGAUAUUGUUCCAGCCCCUCUUUUUUAAAUGCAAUUCUUUAAAAGGUUGUAAUACUGGUAAUUGCUAACCCAUCUUUAAAGUUUUACAUUGUUACCAUUAAGAAUAAGAUAAGCAAAUCUAUUUUACUUUAAACAGUCGUAAUUCUGUUUUAUGUUUCGUUUGGCCAGUAAACUUAAACUGAGGAAGGCAUUAAAAUGCUUGGAGGCUCUUUUUGGAUGAAUUAUUGAUUGAAAUGAGUUCAGUUCACUUCCACUUUUUGGCAUUUAUAUCUCUGAAUGACUAUCUCACAUAUCUCAAGGAAAACCGCAGAAGCACUGUUACAGAAUGCACCAAACAUUCAACUCUGUAAUGAUGUCUCAGUCACAUUUGCUUGGUCUUGAAAUGGCCUCCGUGGGUUGCCAACCCCUUGCGGAUGUUGCUUCCUCUGUUUUACUUUGACCCCCAACUGUACACUCACACUCCAGUCAAUUGUGCCGGUUUUACAAAAAUCUGUCAGCCGCUAAAAUAGCAUGGUGCCUUGAUAUCCAGUUUAAAUGCUGGCCUCAGCAUUAAUUUAUGAUUUUAAAAUAACGUUUACACUGUGCAUGUACAUCUGACAGCCUUUAUGACGGCCCCUACACAUCGAUUUACUCAAGUAUAAACUGUACUGACGUACUAGAGAUGUGCAGGUGGUCUGCCUUUUAAAUCAUACUUUUUCAUAAUAAGACUAGCCGUUUUGGAAUGGCCUUUUCCUGUUCCAAAAUAACUUGAAUCAGUGUGCAAAGUAAGGUAAAGACAAAAUACAACACCCUAAAUUAGAACAAAAAAUGAGAUUAAGGCCUUGUCGUUCAAAUCAGUUUUGAUCUCUAAAAAUGAACACUCCUUGCAUAGCCUUUCCAGAAGAGUAAAAGCUGAUAUUUGCUUUAGGAAUUGGACAAAUGUUGUAUUGAAUUAUGAAUGACUGGAUUAUGAAUCGUUUGUCAAUUAGACUGAUAGAAAAACCAGGUGCAUCCCAGCGGAAAAGAAUCUUGUUUGUGGAAAGACAGAAGUGUAUCUUUUUUGAUGUGUUAUAGUGGAGAAAAAUAUAAAUACAUAGUUAUUUAUUGUAGGUGUUGUCUAUUAUCCCCCCUUGGUUUUUCAUUUGUUAGCCACAGUGUGAUAAGCCUCAAAUUUGACCCUUUUUAAAAUUAAUAAAGUUGCGUUGCUUCUGCUAGUUUGGUCUCGGCAAAGGGAAUUAUCUUGACUGAAAUGAAAGGAAUCUUUUACUAAAUGUUUGAAACGGUACAUAAUACAUCUUGAGGUAAGCUAUAUAAAAUUACAGGUAGGGAAAAAGCUGCCUUACCAAAAAUAGGUUGUAAUUUUGGGAUUUUAACAACGUGAUAUUGCAAGUAUAGUUCAUGGGGGGAUGAAUCGAUCAAGAAACAACGCAGUCAAAGUAUUAUGGAAAAUCUCAAUUACAGUAAGUGUAAAAAGAUAUGCAUUUAUGUCCAUUUGAAAUGUACUCAGAUAAAGUAAUGUUUUAUUAUUUGUCUCAAUCCUCCGACGUUCUCAUAAUAUUCAAAUGAAUACCUUCUCUUUUAGUAAGGUGUUGAAUACUCGUUUUCACCUUUUCGUGAUUUGACUAGCGUAAAUCUCACUUUUUAUCAUAUUACACCUGUAGUUUUCAAAAUUUUUUAUAAUGCUACAAUUUACUAUUGUAAUAUUUAUACCUUUUGUUUUAAUACAACCUAGUUUCAUUAAAUUGGAUUAUAUUUAUCGUGUAACAAUGAAUUUACGCGUCAUAUUACUUUCAUUGAAUGUUUCUCACAACAUGACUUUCUUCUGAUAUUAGUACUGUAGUUUUUCUUGCUUUAAUAGUACAUAAUGCCACAUUAUCCUCAUUACAUAACCUUUAAUAAAAUUAUGCCUCUGUAACUGGUAACACAUUACAAGAAAAUGUGACAUCUGUGAAUAUUACAGCUUUUUCAAGUAGUAUGAUUAUAGUUGGUUUGAAUUAUGACUUUAUUUUAGAGCUGCAGCUAUCAAUUAUUUUAGUAGUCAAUCGAUCAACUAGUUUGAAUAAUUGAAUAAUCUGAUUAGGAACAUUUAAUGCGUUGCAGAAUACAUUUUAGGAGAUAUAAAACAAAGGCUUGCCAAGUUUGUACUUUCAAAAGAGCAUUACCAGUAUAUGCGAAUACAAAAUGAAAUUCCCUGAGUGUUUCUUCAGACUAUCCAGAAUUGCUCUUUCAUUUAAAAAUAAAUCAAAGUUCCUGAGCUUAGCUUCAAAUGGCAUAAAAAAAUUAAUGAGGCUCUAAGUGCAACACCAGAACAAUUGGCUAACUUGCAGAGCAAAAGUCCGCUAGCUUCAUGCUAUAAAAUGCUAACAUUUUUUUUUUUUUUUUUUUUUUUACAAUGCUCUUAACAAAUCGUUCAAACACAUAUUCCCACAAAAAAACGACUGAAUAUACCUGUAAACUAAAUUACGAAUCCAUUAAAAAAAAAAAAUUCUCGAACAAAAACUUACCUUAGGUUGAUACUAACAGGGUGCAGCUGGAUUCAGCGAUGUUAAAUGAGUUAUGUCAUAUUCACAGUUGCAACUAGAGGGCAGUAUCUACCCAAAUCAAUGAAACUAAAUGCAGACACUUUCAAAACCAUUACAACGCCACUAUAAUUAAACGAAUACCUGAAGCAGCAAAAUUUGAUUCAAAGCUUUUUUCUAAUCGAAUAACUCGAGUUAAUCGAUUAAUAUUUCUACUUUAUUGGAAUAACGGGAGUCUGCAAAAUUAUUGUCAUAUGUUGCAAAUUACAAUUAUACCUUUUCCUGAGAUUUACAACUUUUUUUUCCCCACCAAUUCCUUUUCAUCUCACAUAAAAUUGAAUACUGUCUUGUCAUAUGAGUUGUUUGUACUGGUGUCAACAAUAAUCGAUGCGGCGAUGCAUCCCGGUUCGGGCCAUGGACGAUGCGAUUCGAUGCGGGCAACAAGCCGAAUCGAUUCAGCACAUAUUAAAAUAUAUAAGUCCGUUCAAAAAUCUUCCGGUGAUGCAAUGGAUUUGGUUUCCCCAUUUGUAUUAUUAUUCUCAUGUUUACCUGUAGAGGGAGCUACUGUACAAGCAAUGCAGGGGGGACGAGGAACCCAAAUCUGCUUCCUCACGGGAGUAACGUCACAGACAUGCGCAAUUGCGCAGUGCCAAUCGAGAAAGCAGAGAGAUAAGACAUAACAACAAUGGCUGAAGCGGAGAAAGAGGGAGCGCGAAAGAUUAUUGACGCACCAACGAAAGAUUAUUGACGCACCAAAGACAUUGAAAGCAGGUAUAUGGAGACAUUUUGGCUUCUAUGAGGUUGGUGGGGAAACUUGACCAAACUUAUGCGGUUUGUAAAAAAUGAAAGGCUGCUACUGUGUGUUUAAAAAAAAAAAAAAAAAAAAAAAAAAAGCCCUGGUCUCAUUCAAAGCACUAAUUAAAUGCGGUGAUUUUUUUUUUUUUUUAAUUAUUAUAUAUAUUAGUAUUUUCAUUUGACUACAACCAGGAAUGACACAAGAGCCUAUAAAAAGUUGUUUAAUGUCUGACCGCUUGUGUUGCCUCAUGAUUCACAAAACAUAUGCUUUGCUUUAGCAUUUUAAUGCAUCCUAGGCUUUAAUGCAUCGUGAUGCAUUGCCGAAUCGAACCGAAUCGAAUCGUGGCCCUCUGAAUCGAAUCGAAUCGUGGCCCUCCGAAUCGUAAUCGAAUCGAAUCGUGAGGGCAGUGCCGAUGCACACCUCUAGUAGUUUGGCCACUUUUUUCUUCUUGCAAUAGUAUUACAACUUUUGUCAUGACUUCUUUGUAUGUAAAUUGUUUCGGUUUUAUAAAAUCAUGACUUGUGAUAUUACGAUUCCAUUCUGGUGUUCGGUUCAAUUCAGUUGCAAAAGUGUGAUUAAAAUGACUUCAUGCAUGAAAGGGUUAAAAAACAACCUUCGUCAUUUUCUCACUUUAUCCCCAAGAAGUUAAUUUUUUUGUUUCUUCUGUUAUGUUACAACAUUGUAAUCCAAAUCUGAUCUUGAUUGCGACCUUUUUCCCCUCUUGUAACAGUGACUUCUCUUAUAACUACAACUUUUUUUCCCCAUAUAUUUUGGAGCUUUAUUCUUGUGCCAUAGGGUUAUGACUUCAUUGUCAGUAUGUUUGUUUUCAGCAUGGCCUUAAUACCCCUUGAUGCAUACCAACAGCAGGACCGAGCAUGACAAUGUUUAACACCCCCUAAAACUAAUUUGGGGGAUCAUUUGAUCGCUGAGAAUAUUGACGUAGUGUGAUAGUUUAAAUGCCCACACCUUUCACAGUUAAUGAAGGAACCAUAUUCAAUGCUAGGAUGCUAACGGGAUUUCUGUGUAUGUAACAUGAACUACCUAAGCUUUGACUGCAUCAUGUGUUUUGCAUGCAGUAUCUAUUCGUGUGUAGAAUUUAUAAAUGCAGUGCUCUCACCAGGAAGCGUGCCAGCUUUAGCACGGCGUGUAUGGCUAAUGCCGACUGAAUGAAGCUUGAGCAUUUAUGCUUGUUUUUCCUUUCUUCUGAGUGUGUGCAUUGUGUGUAAGGACAUUUUGUUGUGGCCAAAGAAACAAUUGGGCUUGACACGUGUUUUUUCUUUGCAUCACCUGGCCUUUUCUUUGCAGGUUUUUGAAUUCUGGUAAUGCCAUAGCUCUCCAGUUGAAGCUCUUCUUAGGCCUUUCACAACACAUGCACACAGUCAGCAUAGCAGCAGAGUGUAUUUGUUGAGUUGCAAGUAAUGUCAAGGGUAGAACUAAAUCUAAAUAUUUGGCAGUCACUAUCCAGCUGAUGUUUUAGUUAUCUGAAAAAGUCUUUGGAUGUGUUUUGUAUUGACUAUAUUUGAGUGUAGUUUUUAUGUGAAUGGCUGUGACUUCAACAUAAAUAAAUGCAAAAAAAGAAACGGCUGCUGUCAAAAUGCGUAUUACAUGCAAACACUGUAACACAACAUUUACCGAUACAUCACAAAGCGUCAUUUUUCAAUUUUCCUUUUAUUCAGAACUAGCCAUGUACCGGUAUGAUAUUCUGACUGUAUGAUAACCUUAAGCCAAAAUUUCGCGAUAUCACGGUAUUGCAAUUACAGCUCUAAAAUGUGUUACUUUGAGAUAUCUGGGUUUUAAAAAAACUUUUUUUUUCUCUCCAUUGAGCAGAAUUUUUAUUUUUCAAAACAUAUUAGCAAAUUGAACAUAAGUAUGUUAAAAUGAUUUUUUUUUUUUAAAUUCUAAAUAAAAUUAAAAUAAAUGCAGUCUUUUAGGUGAGCCUAAAUCCACAGACACAGCUCUACAUUAUUACCAUCAGAACAAAAAUAAUUGAAUUAUUUUCCAUAAAAAGCAUGUGUGUAUGAGUCGUAUCAUGUUUACAUUAUACACAAACUCAACAGACAGUUGGCAGAGAGAAAAAAAUGUUUUACCACCGCUAGACAACCUAAACACGCUGGAGUUAACUCUUGUAGCGGGUGGGAAAUGUUCAUGACAGUGUUUACUAACCUUUAAUUUUGUGUAGAUGCGACAUCAUAUUGGAGGUAUUGCCUCCUCGGGAGCCACCCUCCACAAACAUGUUUUACAUGUCGGUUGGCCCUCAUCCUCUUAAGCCACGGCCAUCUGUAGCUUUUCUGUAGCCGAAGUAUUCCCAUACCAGCGGUUUCAUUUUCUUCAAUUGGUGGAAAAUUUCAGGAGUUUUACCUCCUCCAGCCAUCGUGUAGCACAGCUGACUGACUGACACUGAGUAACAGCCGGCAGGGGAGGGUUGAGCCUUACAGCUGCAAGCGAGGGAUUUUUCCAUGUGUUUUUGGGACAUAAAAAAUUGCGAAUACCUUAGGGACAGUAUGACAAAUUUUUGCGGUUUUGAAACCUUGACAUUUUCAUACCACGUUAUACUUUGAAACAGGUAAUCAGCACAGGUCUAUUCAGAACCCAGCAAAGUAUGGUAUUGCCACAACUGCACAUUGUUGCACAGCAUCCCACAAUCUGAUAAUUAGAUGACUAAAAGCAAGUAGCUAGGGUUUCCCACAGAGAGCCUGGUGUUAGAGAAGCCCAGGGGUUUUUGGAAAUAAAACGUUUACAGGAAUUUUAAAAUUAUGAUCUUGUCUGUUAUUAUAAGCUAUUUGAUAACAAUUAAGCUUAAUCAGUCAUGAAAUACUUUGAACAAACAAAAAUGCAAGACAAAUUGCAUUGGCAUAGAGCUGGGACAGGUUUGUUCACAUAUUGACCAAAGUAAGUCGCCAUUGCGCUUUCAACCGUAACACCAAACGUGGUUAAAAUGUAAUUUCUUCUGUAUCAAUGUUUUAGCCUGGCUGUCGAGGGGCAAGAGAAGCCUGGCGAAACCCCAGGCUUAUAAAGCCGUGGUGGAAAUCCUGAGUAUCUAUUGUCAACUUCACCCUUUUGUAGCAGGAUUACAAAACAUCUGCUGGGUUGUCUUUAACACACUUUAAAAACAGCAAGACUGAAACAGGUCAACAAAAAAUGAUUUAGACUGUACAGGUAAUACUCAGGCUACGAAGGCGUUCCGUUCCUACUCUGGCGACGUAUCCCGAAUUUCCGCGUAAGUCGAAUUAACCCUUUAAAACAGUGGUCUCCAAACUAUUCCACAUAGGGCCGCAGGAUUUCAUUCCAACAAAACAAGACAACACCUAUGCACUAAUCUGGUGUCGAUUACAGUCAGGUGCUCCUUGUUUUAGCAGAAACCUUCAUUGGUUAAAUUGUCGGUACUCGAUUGGUUGGAACGAAAACCAGGACCCACAGCAGCCCUUGAGGAGCGGUUUGGAGACCCCUGCUUUAAAAAUUAAAAAUUACUAUCCAAAAAGUCCAAUAGUUUUGUUUUUUUUGUUUAAUGGUGGAGGAUGCACUGCCCUCUGGUGGCAGCAUUGGGUCUGGCUGGACUGUCGUUCAAUAAUGCUUCUACAGUGGUAUGAAAAAUAUCUGAACCUCUUGGAAUUUCUCACAUUUCUGUAUAAAAUGUGAUCUUUUUCAAAACCACACAGAUGAAAAAACAGCAUCUGCUUUAAGUAAUAGCACCCAAACAUUUUACAGGUUUUCAUAUUUUAAUGA